AUCUGAUUUUAUCUUCUGUAGACAUAAAACUAUUCAUGUUUUGUAAUUUUCUGAACGAAAAUACACUUUCAAAUGUUAUUAUGAAAGCAUCAUAUGUGUGAUUAGCUAUAUAAAUGAAUAAUGGAAACUUUAACAUGGAAUAUGUUAUUUGCGAUGGUCAUUUGUUCGAGCCUGUGGAAUUUUGCUGUGGCUGAAUGGAACGAUUGGAGCACGUGGUCCGCGUGCAGUGCUUCGUGCGGAAAUGGUGUACGCACACGGCAACGUACAUGUAUGGGUGGGGUAUGUGAAGGAGCAGAAGAAAUGAUUUCAACAUGUGUACUCUCCGAUUGUGAUACAGAAGUCGUGCAGAAAUGGUGGUCAGAUUGGGGGCAAUGGUCUGUUUGUACACGUACUUGUGGUGGCGGAAUGCGUACACGUACACGCUCGUGCAGCACGGGUAAUAGCACGGACUGUUGUGAGUAUACAGAUGAAGAGUCGUGCCUGUUAGAACAUACACAGACUAGAGAAUGUAUAAAUGACGACUGUUUAGGUACAUGGUCAGAUUGGCGUAUGUGGGGGACAUGCUCCGCGAGAUGCGGCGAAGGUGUUCAGUCCAGACUUCGGGAGUGCGAGCCUACUGGUUCUAAUUGUAUUGGUGGUAAAGAACAAUCAAGAAUGUGUUACAUACAAUGUCCCCCAUCGGUAAAAUUCAUUUCCGACAUGGAUGAGGCCAAAAGCUGUGACAAUAACAAUCCAUGUAAAAACGACGGAAUAUGUGCAACCAAUGGUGAUCACGUGACUUGUAUUUGCCGCGGAAAUUGGCGAGGUCGUAAUUGUAACGAUAUGUGUUUAUAUGACAACGAUGAGAUGGCGUGUGCGAAUAAACGAGGUAUAUUCUAUGAUUGUGCCAACUGUAACAGAUUCAUUGUGUGUUCACGCAACAGGGACGCGCCUAUAUCAAUGAGCUGCACGACAGACAGAAUGUGGGACGGUAAUGGAUGCCGUCUUGCCAAUGAAACAAGGAUAUUGUGCCUUGAAAACAGCUAUCCUUAACAGUGAUCCAAAGUUUAUUUUUUAUCUAGUAAUAAACACAGAAAUAUUUCUUGCAUGGGCGUGGAUCAGCGCAGAACUUACAUUUUUUGCCAUGAUUGCAACUAUAUAAGGAAAUAUUCCUAAAUUGAACAAUUUGCAUUACGUCUACAGUAAAGUUUGUUGGGUUGUUCUUGAUCUUGGACCACAAGUAUAUUUGCUUAGGUAGGGUAUUUUUUUUUAUAUAAGUGGGUAAACGGACGCACGGAGUUUGAUCCGACGUUAUUAUAUAUGUACAAGUACAAGAUCAAUUAAUCUAACAUUGACCUUUUCAUUCAGGAUUUAGUUCUAGCAACUGCUUACUGGAAUUCGCUCAUCGUAUAUUUUCAUCCAAUGCAGUCAGUGUAUGUGGCAGACGUCAAUUUUCUAUUGACAGUCACGACGUUAA